AGCUCAUCAAAGCAAAUUCUAACGUUGGCUAGUUAGACAACAUCUAUUCUGUUUUUGUGUUUGAAACCGAGGCUCCGACAAUUUUUCUUACUUUGCACACUUUGCAUAAAACCUCCUUAAACACAAUGAAUUUCCUGCCACUAGUAGUGGCAUUGUUGUGCCUUGUAGCAACUACCUCUGCCCAGGCAAGCAACAGACAUGGAGCUGAUCUAGAUGACAACGAUUUUGCAGAAUUUGAAGAAUUUGAUGAAGAGGAACCAAGUGCUGGUGAUGCUGGUGUUAAAGAUGCUGAUGGUGAUGACAAUGCAGCAUUUGAAGAGGCAGCUCCAGUACAUGAUACAGAAGCAGCUGAUGAUGAUGAGGCUAUGGUCGAGGAUGAAGAUGAGUUUGAAUACUUGAAUGAUGAAGAAGAGUUUGAAGGCUUUGAUAAAGAUAGUAAACCAAUCAAUAAAGGAGGCAAACCAGAAAAGACACCUGACCUAAAAAUCACAAAUAUACCUGGUCACCUGAGAACCAACUGGGACAGUUUCUACCUUGAAAUGCUGAUGCUAGCAGGUCUUGGAGUCUACUUUCUCAACUUUCUCGCUGGAAAAACCAAGAACCAUAAAAUAGCCCAGGCUUGGCUUGCUGCACAUAAGGGCCUACUGGAGGAGCAUUUCACCAUUGUUGGUGAUGAUGGAUCCACUAAGGAGGUUCAACAGGGAGUGCUGAUGAAGGAGUCUGAACAUCUCUACUCUCUCUGGUGCAGCGGCAGGACACUUUGUGAUGGUAUGCUCAUUGAGAUGAAACUACUCAAACGACAGGAUCUUAUUCAGACCAUAUCAAGAAUAUUUAAACCAGCAUUAGACCAAAUUGUGAUCAAAGUUGUUAUGGAUGAAAAUGCGAUGGCACCAUUUGUAAUGGCUCUUGGCCUGAAGAAAACUAUAGCUAAAGUCCAUCGAGAAUUGAAUGAUCUGAGUAUUUUUUGCAAGGACCAGAAACAAGGUAAAAAUUAUGGAUUGCCUGAAAAAUAUAGAGUGCUGUCUGAGAUCAACGACACUACCAUGUCUGUCAUUGACCAAAAGGUCCAGUGUGCUAUUCAAAAGUUUGACGGUAUUGUGGAUUACAUGCACUUUUCUGACCAAUUUUCUGGUCCUAAAGUCAGCACUGAAGAUGGAGAAGCCACCAAGAUGCCUGACACCAAGAAAGUCCUCAUUUUUAGCUUCAACUUGACUGAUAAGAUUGUUAACAAUCCGGAAGAAAUGAAAGGACUCCAAGAAUUGCUCAAGAUGGUCUUCCAUUGUGUUGACAAGAUGAAACGGGUCAGCCUCACACAAGAUGGGAAAAUGAAAAGUAUGAAAAACCGCAAGGCUGUGGAGGAGCAGUUCUCGAAGAUGACUCAUCUGCAACGUGCCGAGGCUGCACAGCUCCGUCGUGAAGAAAAACGUCGUGAGGAUAAGGAACGCAUGAUGAAUGAAGAUGAUCCAGAGAAGCAGCGUAAAUGGGAGGAACGUACAGAGCGUCGUGACAAGAAGAAGAGUCAAAGUAAGAUGAAGAUGAUGAAGGUCAAGGCUAUGUAAGGUCAAGGCUAUGACACUGCGGUACAAGGCUAUACACUGGGUGUU